AUGCCUAGGCGGUGUAGUGUAGAUCAAUGCCAUAUUUUGAAAAACAAAAUUAAAUGUACAUUAUUCAAAGCACCAAAAGAAAUUAAUAUUUUAACAGCAUGGAACGAAGCUGUCUCCAAAGCUAAUGGUAAACGUUCCAUUGCUCAUUAUGUUUGUCAAAAUCAUUUUUCAGCUGCAGAUUUAAUAAGUGUAUAUAACAACUAUCCAGGAGAUUUAAAUACUAAUGAAAUUGGUCAACGUAAAAUAUGUUCUUUAAAAAAAGGUGCCAUUCCAUCAAUUUUUGAGAGUUUGUUUGAAUGUCAUUCACAAAAUGAAAUCUUUAAUAAUAUUGAACAGUUGCUUCCGAAUGACAAACAACACAAACAAACUUGCAAGAGAGAGUUAUUAUGGAAAGAUAAUUCACCAAAACAGUUAUCCAGUAUUGCUGAUGUGAAAGAUACAUAUGUAGAUCAGGAUAACAAUGAAAGUGCAGUACUUAAUAAUUUUUAUGAUGUAUUUACUACCUAUACAAAUAUUAAGUUACCAGUUGGUUGGUCAUCUUUUAGAAGUGGGAAAGCUGUGACAUUUUAUUCAGUACAACAUACAAACAAUAAUAUUCAAAAACUUAUAAGUGUCAUUGAUAAACAAAUAACAAUCACUUCAGAACUUGAAAUUGGAUUUUAUAUUUUGAACAAUUAUGAAAUAAAAUAUGAUGACAUUGGUCUUGACACAAAAUUAACAUUUCCACUUAUCAUAAAAGAUUUUGAAAAGUUAAUUGAAAACUUUAAUAAAAAAGUUAUAUGCUAUGGUGGUCCCAAUGCAUCAAAUUUUCCUGGUAUAAGAGUUAAAACUGCAUCAUUAGGUUUCAACAAUUUAUGGCGUCAUAUAGAAUGUGCAAUAAUAAUUAAAUCUGGAAAAAGGUGUACAUUUUGUGAACGUUUAUUUUCAUCAUUUAGAGGAUAUAAAAAAAGAACUUUGGAAGCAAAAAAGAAAAAAAUAGGACCCUUUCUAACUCCUAAUAGUAGAGAAAAAUAUUUGAAUAUCUUAAAAGUAAAAAAGAAACUACUGAAAUCAAAUUCAAGAUUGCAGACAAGUAUAAACAAAUUAAAUACUCAAUUGAACAAUAUUCACAAAAGAACCAGAGAAAUGAGUGACUCAGCUGUUAGCAAUGUUCUGAAUAAGUUAAGUGAAUCUCAAAAAACGAUUAUUAAUGAAAUAAUUACUACAAGUAAGGUAGAUAAUCCCAAAAGUAGAAGGUAUACAGAAGAUUGGAUUUUAUUAUGUGUUUUAUUGAAAAUCCGAUCUCCAUCUACCUACACCUUUUUGAGAGAGCAAGAUAUAUUGCCAUUACCGUGUACACGAACAGUUAGGAAAUAUCUUUCUCUUAUAAAAACAAAAUGUGGUUUUGAUGAGAAAUUUUUUCAACUUCUAAAAAAGAAACUAACAAUGUUAAAUCCACAACAGCGACAUGGAAUGCUUAUCUACGAUGAAAUUAUAUUACGAGAGAGUAUUGACGUAGAUUCUAAAUCGUUAACCUAUAUUGGAUUAGAAGAUUUUGGGGAAGAUAUGGAAAGCACUGGAUUAAAAGCAAACCAUGGCCUCGUCUUUAUGUUUCAAAGUUUAUGUACUAAUUUUUCCCAACCGAUAGCUGUAUUUGCUUCCAGAGGACCCGUGAAAGGUAUGGUUCUUGCUCAGUUGGUAAUAAAGGCUAUUUCUAUCCUUGAAAACUCUGGAGCAAAAAUUGAUGGUAUUGUUUCUGAUGGUGCCUCAACAAAUAGGAAAUUAUGGUUAGAAUUAGGAAUAUCUGGUUCAAUGGACUGUGUGCAAAAUUCUAUUAUUCAUCCUUUAGAUGAUUCCAGACAAAUAUUCAUGUUUUCGGAUGCACCACAUUUGAUAAAGAAUGUGAGAAACCGAUUGCUUAACAAAAAAUCAUUGAGAAUAUCUCCUCAAAAACCGUUUGUAAGGUGGAGUCAUUUUAUUGAUGUAUUUGAAAAUGAUAAUAAAAGAAGUUCUACGGCUCCAACUAAAAUUUGUCCUAAAAUUACAAAAAGACAUUUAUUUGUAGAUAACUUUUCAAAAAUGAGUGUUAAAUUAGCCACCCAAGUUUUAAGCGAUUCAAUGGCCAAAGGCAUUGAGUUUUAUAGAGAUCAUGAGAAGGUAGAGUCAUUAAAAAACAGCAGUGAAACACAGAAAUUUGUAGAUAUUUUUAAUAGAACAUUUGACACACUGAAUCGCAAGUAUCCAGCUGAGGGAAUACGAAAUAACAGCCAUGAUUUUGAUGUUUUAGAAGAGACUUAUGCUUGGCUCAAUUCUUGGGAAAAUUGUGUGAAGAAUAAACUUAUAUCAGAAGAUGAAUAUCUCACAAAAAAUACGUCUGAUGGCUUGAGGGUUACUAUAAAAUCUACCAUAGAAUUAUCUAAAUAUUUGUUGAAAGAUUGUGGUUAUAGUUAUGUGUUGUCAUCUAAAAUGAAUCAAGAUCGAUUGGAACAAUUUUUUGGAAUGUCGCGGCAAGCCACUGGUCCAAACGAUCAUCCUACGACCCCAACAUUCUUACAAAUAUAUAAAAUGUUAUCUAUUUAUUCAAUAUUAAAGCCUCCAAAAACAGGCAAUUGCAAAGUUCUUGAUAAAAAUACACCAAAAAUAACAAUAAAUGAAUUAAAAAGUAUAUUUGUCAAUGAUGACAAAUUAGUUGAAGGGGAUAAACUUUUAAAACUACAAGAAAAGUUGGAUAUAAUUGUAAAAGAAGGUAAAUGGGAAACAGAAGACAUUUUUGAAAGCGAUAUUCAUAACUAUUGCACUCCUAACAAAGCAGAAGUUACAGAUUGUGUUAUUUAUUAUAUUAGUGGUUUUGUGUGUCGGCAUAUAUUAAAACAUACAGAUUGUCAUGUAUGUAUAAAUGCAAUUAAAGGAAAAGUUUACUCAAGUAAAUCUGAAGCAGCUUUUACUAAUUUGAAAUCAAGAGGAAAACUGAUUCACCCAAAUGAACAUUUUCAUAAUAUUAUAACAGCAAUAGAAAAUUCUUUCUCUAAGUAUUGUAGUAUGCCUAGUGUAUUUCAGGAUACAAUUGAUGAUUUUUUAGAAAAUAAUAACAAUUUACUAACAUUUCCAUGUGAUGAACAUAAGACUGAAAUACUCAUGUUCAUCGUCAGGUAUUACAUAACAACAAGGAUGAGACAGUUUUCAAACAUGGAGAAUAAAAAUCAAAACAAAAUGAAUUUGAAGAAGAAAAAAUCUGCUAAAUUAGUCAUUACUUGA